AUGGCACUUCUCUCUGGGGUACAAAUAGAAGGCCCGUCCCGAAAUGGCCGCAGCACGAGCCCGGCUUCUUCUUGCACACUGGGCCACGAGGACGAAGAGACAGUACAAGUUGUUGGUGUUAACAUCACAAACUGGAUUAAUCACGUUGAUUCUUCUCAACGGCAACAAGUCCACGGGAAUACGGCGCAACAAGCCCGGCUAACUUCUCAACGCAACUUCCAACUCGGAGAUGUUAUUGAGGUAAAAAAUACUAGACUGGGCGAUCAUCGAGUCGACUUUAUACAAGUGAAGCAUGUUUCUCGAAACACAGUAUCUGGAAGAAAAUUUCGAGGCGUUCCAUUUACCAGGACACGAAAUAUGUCGGGGCGUCUCCCCAAAAAAGUCAACGAAGUGUGCAUGAUGCUGCACUUUCGUCGAGAAGACGGACGAACCCCUGAUGAUUUCCCAUUAUUGGUCGAUGUAACAGAAGAAUUUGUUGUCCGAAAGCGAAAUCUAAUAUUUACAAACGCCACAUUUCCAGAGCAUUCUGCUUUGCAUCGUCCCACCAGAGGCAAGCGCCGGGUCCGGAAUCACCAUAUUCGUCAGAGAGGUAAUAUCGUCUGUCGAUGGAAAUGGACAAUAUUCUUUCUUGAGAAUCGCUCUGCAGCCAACAUUGAGGAAGAGACCUUCGAGCGAAUAACGGCUGCUGAAGUGAAUGAGCGCCGGUACUUUGUCCCAGAAGAACUUUUAUGCAACAGAUGGCGAGGGGGUCGUGUUAGGGGAGGUUGUUGGAUUCCUGGUCAAAGCCAAGAUACUAAUGCUAUUGAUAUCAGCGACAUAUCACAUCAGCCAGGUCGCCAAUUUCGAGCGCGCAAUCAGAAAUACACAUUCUUUGAUGCCUUCUCGGGGGCAGGAGGUGUUUCAAGAGGAGCGCAAACCGCUGGCUUUCGGGUAUCUCACGCUAUUGAUAAGUCACCAAAGGUUUGGGAAACAUACUCGCUCAACUUUCCAGAGACCGAACUCUACAAAGGACCAAUUGACAAAUUCAUGCGAGAAACAAACGACUCAUCGAUUCGAGUAGAUGUACUUCAUAUAUCCCCGCCAUGCCAAUACUUCUCACCGGCACAUACAAGACCGUCCGCCCACGAUGACGAUAACAAAUUUGCACAAUUCAGCUGCUCCAGUCUUGUGAAAAGGCUCCGUCCCAGAUUGGUGACCAUCGAGCAGACAUAUGGGGUACUCCAUGAUCGACAUCGCCCGUACUUCCACACGCUUAUUGGAGAUCUCACACAGCUUGGCUAUUCGGUGAGAUGGAGAAUCGUAUCACUCUGUACCUGGGGCUUGCCCCAAACACGCAAACGACUUAUCGUAAUUGCCGCUGGUCCUGGUGAACGACUACCGGAUUUUCCGCCGCCGACGCAUUCAGAGAAUGGCGAAGGCGGUUUGCGUCCAUAUACUACGAUCAGACAGGCGCUUGGCAGCCUGCUAGUGGAUGAUAGUUUACACAAUCUAACAGCCAGGAGCCUGUUUCAAGUGCGAAAACGCCCUUUGAGCUUUGACACAUUGUUGGGAACCAUACGAACUGGAAUGGGAGACUUUUAUUAUCCGGAUGGGACGCGACGCUAUACGCUGCGAGAAUUCGCUUGUCUGCAAGGGUUCCCAAAUUACCAUAAAUUUCGAGGAAUGGCAAAGAGUAUAAAGUCACAGAUAGGAAACGCAUUCCCUCCUAGCUGUGUCAAAUUUUUAUAUCGGCAUUUGGAGAAGUGGCUCUUGGAACAAGACGACAUUUCACCAUAUCAGCCUUCUGCGGAUGACGUGGUGAUGAUUGAUGCAGAAGUCUCAGAUACUGGUAGUUCUGAUUCGGAUUUGCAAGACAUAAUGAACCACACCAUAGAUCUCACUGGGGAGGACGAGCUUGGUGCUCAGUGGCAUAUCAACAAUCCGACCGACUUUAUGGAUCUCACCUGA